CGGCAAACGGCGCGUUGUACGUGUCGGGGAGCCUCCUCGUGCGGCCGGCGUGGGCUCUGCCGACACCGCCACCACCUCCACUGGGGAGUACCGGAUCGGCACCAUGGCGCAGCGCGUGUCCAGCAAGGUGGGGUUGCCGCUCAAGGCCGCCGCCAAGCAGCAGCUGCGGACGCUACGGAAGGCGGAGACGGUCAACGUGCUGAGGCAACAGCAGCUGGUGCAGGCCAUCGAGGAGAACGCAUCGGUACUGCAGACGGCAUCGGGCUUGUUGAACAUGUACUGCAACAGGGCGAAUGGUCGGUGGGUGGAGCAGCAGCAGUGGACGCUACCGCCGGUGCAUGAGGCAGCGAUGCCGGCUGUACGGAGACAGGCGGAGCGGUACAAGGAGCUCGUACUGAAGGACCUGCGAGAGGGGCGCGUGGCGGUGCAGAUCCACGUGGACGACGACACCUUCAGCAGCUCCCGUCUGGGUCUGGUGUCGCUUUGGUCCACCGACCCCUGGCACCUGCUCUCCAUGACGCAUCCCGCUCGUACGGAAUCCACGGCACACCUGGUUGGGCUGGGUAUGGGUGUACGGCAGUUGCUGGCGUUGGGUACGGCGGUGGAGUCGCUGGUGGGCGCGGAGGCGGUGGCCAAGAUGCCGGUGGUGCUGGCAUGCCAUGAGGGGCAGGUGGAGGAGGUGGUGCGGGACCUGGCAGCGCGCAAGAUGUGCAGGUUUUCUUCUGAAAACGUGAUCAUCAUUGUACAACAACGGACGCCAGGUCAUGCGUACAACCGCGCCAAGCACGCCUUCGUUCCCGCACCCGAGGCGCCGCCGCGACCCGCCGGGUCGGGCUAUGCGCUGCUGGCGCUUGGGUGGGCGGGCGCGGACGCAUUCCGGCUAACCGGACCUGAGCUGUCGCAGCGGACGCCCCUGGAACGCAGCACGCUUGACAUGUUCACGGAAAGGGGUGUGCAGUGGUUGUCCAGCUGGCGGCUCCGAGACCUGGUGCACUACUCGCCCGAGCAGUGCCUCAACCUCGAGCAGUUGGCCCUGUCGUACGCCCUAGCGGACAGCAUGGACGCCAACAUGAGCAUGCAGGUGGAGUUGGUUGACUCGUUGCAAGGUAUCAACCGCAUCGGCUCUGGAAUCGUCCUCGCUCAGAAGGGCCGUCCCGCGCCGCUGCCUAGCCCCACCUUGGGUACCUCCAACUCGCCGCUGCUCCGCCGCACCAACGACCCUGCCAGCCCCGCCUCUCCGCCCUCAGCUGCCACCGCCGGCCUCAGGCAGCCGCACUCCCCGCGGUCACCACACACGCUGGGGCCGCUACGGCAUCCGUACAGUGCCCCUCCGGCGACGUUUGGCAGUGGGAGCCCUGGGUCUGGCCUUUCCCCGCGCACACCGCUAGGCGGGCUGUCGACAGCAGGGGCGUCACCAACGCGACGGCCGGUGACGUCAGCUGGGGCUCGGGCGGGCGGCAUUGGCAGCGAGGGUGGGCCGCUGGCUGCUUGCGACGUCAAGUGGGCGGACGUGCAGACACCGGCGCUAGCAAGUGCGAUGCAGCACCUGGUGGAGAGUGUGGCUGUGCAGUCGGGCAGCCAGCCCCGCCUGGCGGUCUCCAUCAAGCGGUACACGUAUCACGUGCCAAGCCUGAAGAGCAUCCUGACGGGACCCUCCAUCUUCCGGCCAUGCAUCAGCGUGGGCGAGGGGGGCUACGUGUACGUCACCUUUGACGCGUCUGACAUCACCGCACAGCCCAGCACUCGCUGCGUCGCCCUAUCAUACACGCCCCGCCCCUGCACCACCGCCGACAACUCCGCCUCCUCCUCCUCUUCCACCGCCGCCGCCGCACCAACCAACGCCUCCCUCCCAAGCCCCGCUUCCAUCACCGGCGUCCCCACAAUCGCGUCUCCGCCUCCCACCCUGGAAGCAGCCGGCGGCCGGCCGGGCAGCGCCAUUCGCCUCUGCAACGGCCACACGCUAGCCACCGGCGCCCUCGGCUCCAGCGCCGCUGCAAGCGCCGCCAUGGCGUCUGCAUCCAUCGCGGCAGCCGCCUUGCAGCGCGGCCGGCUGCUUACCAAUGACAGCGACCUGGAAACGCUGCUCUGGGUGGCGAGCGACCAGGACAACAACGCCGCCUUCCGAGCCGCAGUGUCCGCAACCAACACCGCGCGCUCGCGCGUCACGGCGCAUGCACCCGCCGGACUGGCGGCUGCUGUGGGUGCGGGCGGUCCAGGCGGCAGGUCGGUGGAGCAGCAUGUGAUCGUGCUGGCGGUGGCGGACGAUGCGGCAUGUCAGCUGGCGGUGCGUGUUGCCAUGGCCAUCAUGAAGCCCGGCGCGGACUGCCUGCACGUGCUGGCCAUCGCCAAGGACCCCUCCGUGAUGGCGCUGUCAGCCGCCAGGGCGCUGGCGGAGCGCUUCGAGAACCUCGCGUCGGCGACGCUGGGUGACGUCAAGUCCGUCGUACAGGUGAAGCGGCACUCCGUGGUGGAGGACAUUGUGGGCUACGCGGAGGCUGUGGGUGCGGCGCUGCUGGUGACGGGCAGCAUGAACCUGGCGGCGGCGGCGGCUGGGGGCACCAGCGUGGUGGGCAGCGUGGCGCUCAGUGUGGCGCGAGAGUGCAACCGACCCAUACUGGUAGUCAAGCCCACCGCCCGCCUGGCCGAGUCGGCCUACGAGGUGGGCAAGAAGCCCUGCCUGCGCGCCGCGGUGUGCGCGGAGCCCUCCUGCCGCCCGCUGGUUCGCUUCCUGGUGACGCGGGUGCUGGACGGCGGGCGGGGGGACAAGCUGGUGCUGGUGCGCGGCAAGGCGUUUGACAAGGAGAUGAACGAGCUGACUAGCAGUCGCCGCGUGUUGGACCACCUGGCUGAGGAGGCGACCUCGCACCGGCGCUUCGACAGCUCGCAGGUGGUGCGGCGCAUGGUGGCGGGCGCCUUCGAGGCGGAGCACCCGCGGGUGGUGGACGCGGACCACUGCCACAUAGUGGCGCUGCAGGUACCUGACGGCCGAGGGCCCCUGCCCCCCAGCGUCCUCAACCUGCUGCGAACCAGCAGGUCGGCGGUACUGCUGUACCGCAACUGCAGCAACAGCAGCGCAGCCAAACCAGGCGGGGAGACUUAGGGAGGCUCAGGGCGGGCUGUGGUUUAGGGUUACGAACUGCUUACCGGUAUUGUUGGUAACGUUACGGCAGGGGUUACGCUGCGGCUGGUGGAAGGUGGCAAUUCGCAGUUCCGCCGAGAGGCGGGUGGGUUGCGGGAUGGCCGGGUUAACUGGCACACACGGGCGUGAGCGUGGGAGUGUUGGUCAUGGUGGGAGUACUGGUUGGAAGGGUGGUGCGAGGAGCAGGAGGCAGUGGGCAGGGGCAGGUGGUUUGCUGCGGGGAAGCAGGAGUGCUGCAGUGCUCGGUGUGUUGGUGGUGUUGGCAGCCUUGCGCUGGGUACUUCAAGCUACUACUACUAUACGACGUACAUGAGUCAACCCAUGAAACCGUAUAUUUGUCGUAUUCAUUUUAGGGGACUUGCAAACAAAACCCCAGCAAUAGCUCUUGUCCGUGGUAAGAACGUACUCAUUUGUGAGGUCGUGACAACUCUUUGCGGUUAUCAAGUUGUACAUAAGAACUUGGGCUGCGUCCUGCGUGUGUCUGCCGGCACGCCGUCCCACUACCGGUACAUGAAACAAGCAAAAGAUGUACGAGUGUGCUUAAGCUUGGUGUUAAUGCCUGAACAUGUCCGGGGUUUUACCUUAUGCCGGCCGAACGUCCUUCGGGACAGCAUCGUCUACCCCUCUCCUUGCUAUGUACUCUCUUUCUAGCGCUUCAUGGGGUCAUUGUGAACGGCGUGGGAUAUGGACGAAUGGAGGUAAGCACAGCGUUUAUUCUACGUAGGAUGUGGAAGGGCUGUAGCCUUGUGGCAUCUAUAAUGCCCAACUGCGCUACAUCAACGCUAGCCGAUGCUCAGAAAUGUCCAGAAUAUUCAUGGACGGUCGUACAGUGUUGUACGGAGAUACGACGGUCAUGUGAACCGGCUUAUGCUCUUUACGCUUUGACUUGUGAAUAGCUGCAAGGCCGCAUGACAGUAAGCAGCCGGGAAAGGGCUGAUGACUGAUGACCCGUCCUGAAGCACGGUAGUAUGAGAUUGGACAAAGGUGUGCUCUUGGUACUGCGGGUGAGUGUUGCCUUGUUCUGGGAUGGCCAUGACAUCCCAUGCCGCCAGGGAUUCAUGUGUAUGCAAACUGUACGCAGUGUAGCAAUUUAUGUGCGUCUCGUUUGCUAUUGGGUAUCGGUGCAAUUACAGACGACGCAUGCCUGAGUCAUGCUGAGGCACAUGGGGGAUUGGGAUGUCCCUUGUGUUUUACCAGCUAGGGUCCCAGCCAUUGUGCUCUAGCGUGCUGUGUGAUAGCUUGGGUUCUCUUGAUCCAGACUGGGGCACGUGAUGGGGGCGACCACUGCAGAUGCGGCUGUUGACACAUGUGCUGGCUGUUGUGUAGACAGCACUGCUCACGAGGGCAUACAGCCAUACACAAGUCGCGAUUUUUUACGAAACGCGAUACUGCUGUAGCAUAUUUCAAGGGCCCAAAAGGACCCAUUCGUUUGCUGCGCAGUAUUGUAGCAACGGGCGCGGAAGCUAGCUAGCAGAUGCUGUACGUUUGCUGCCAUACACCGAUACACGCAAGCGCGCAAGCAGCCUUAGCAAGGCACAUAGCAUGCGCUAUAUAGGCAUUACCUAGAGGGACACAUAUUAGGAAGUUCCGCGUAACUGCGAACUGCCACAGUGGGGAAUCCGUGUCUUGUACGACUUGUGCUGACGUCCAUCGCAAAACGGAUGCUCGGUAACGCCUUCGAGCGUGUUCCACUUAGCUUAUGGCUGGAUAAGAAUGACGCCACAACCCGGUUCUUGCGGUUCUUUCCGCAUCUGGCAUCAACUUCCACCGGAGCUAGCAUUUCGCAUCAUAAGCUUCCUGCCAUUAAACGAGGUAACAUGUACAGUGCGUCUUAUCAACAAAGCAGCUUCAAAGCAGUUCAGCGGCUCACAGUACACAACAGUUCGGUUGGCAGAACCUGUGCCUAUCCACGCCUUUGAGCGACAUUGGGGCCAGCCAAACUUGCUACGUCAGCUCAACUUCAAACAGAGACGCCAGCUGCUUUGCCUCACAGCCAGCAGUGGCGUCACUUCAAACCUCGCUUUCGCCAUCGAGGCCACGGGUUGCGAGGCCACGUCCGCUGUUCUGCUAGAUGCCGCAGCCGGCGCUGGUCAGCGAGGCUCCUGCGAGCUACUCGUGGAAAGGGGCUGCCGCUGGAGGGAAACCGUCGGCAGGGCGGCUGCGGAAGGGGGCCACCUAGAACUCUGCAAAUGGUUGCAUUCAAGCGGGUGCCCGUUCGACUACAGCGCUCUCGUCGCUGCGGCGGGCAAAGGCCAUGUUCACGUUUGCGAAUGGCUUAUCAGCAAUGUUGGGCGCGAACCUGGCACCGGCGUGCUGCGUGCUGCAGCAAGUGCAGGCCAAGUCGCCAUGCUGGAUUGGCUUUUGUCCCAGCAGCACUUCCAGCGGCAGAGCCCUCCGGACACGGGCUUACUGGCAUCUAUCGCUUUCGGCUGCGACGCCUCAACAUUUCAGCGCCUGCACGAUUACCUCUUCGAAUUGGCCACCAGCGGACGCAGGAAUGUUGCAGACAAUGUCGCCAUGGACGCCGACGACCGCGACCCUAACCACGCCGAAGCCGUACCACCGCCCCCAACUCCUGCACAACUCUCAAGCUACGAGACGAGCCACAUCAUGACGUCUGCCGUAUUCAGUCGUACGGCGGAUUGGCUGGACAAGGUGGAGUGGCUGCUGGCCCGCGGCUACCCCCUCCAAGUGAGCCUGUGGGAGCGGGUGGUCAUCAACCAUGAUGCCUCACCCCUCCUACUCGAGCGGCUGCGGUGGCUGCUGCAACGCGGCCUGCAUCCGCAACCCGACAUCCGAAGCCUCAUGGCGGCCGUACACUCCGGUGACAUUGCUGCCGUACGGUUCCUCCUUUCGGAGACGGGAUGUGCAGCCGCGCUACAAAACGAGCAGCACAAGGCCAAGGUGAUUGGAAUGGCAGCACGGAAUGGCCAACUUGCCGUACUGCAUGCGCUCGAGGAGCUGGGGUACGGUUUCCGCCGGCUUAACUGGGUGCGUGCUGCGGCGUCGGGGGGCCACCUGCAUGUUGUGCAGUGGCUGCUGGAGUCGUGGGUGGCCGGAAACAACGGGGCUGCUGGGGUUGGCUGCGGGAUGCAGCAGGUGCGGAGGAGGUUCCUGCCGGCGGAGAUUGCUCGUGCGGCUGCUGCGUCGGGUAACCUGGAGCUGCUGAAGUGGCUGCGGCAGCUGGGUUGCUGGUGGGACGGGCUGGUGUUCCGGGGUGCGGCGGAGUGCGGCAAUGUGGAGAUGCUGGAGUGGCUGGCGGAGAAUGGCUGCCCCAUGGGGUACGACGGCGAGGCGUACGUCUUGGCGUGCCGAGUCGGCGACUUUGCCGUACUGCGCUGUCUCCGCCGGCUGGGCUGCCCCUGGCGCCCGGACGGCUUCACCUUCACUCGGGCUGUUGCGAUGAGCAGCAGCCUGCGGGUGCUGGCCUGGCUGCUGGAGGAGGGCUGCCCGGUGGACUGGGGGCGAGCCAUCUGGGCGAGCAAGCAGGGCUGGUGGCAUGACCCACGGGUCAGGGAGUGGCUGCAGCAGCAGCGGGAGGCGACCGGGAAGUCGGAUGUGCAGCUGGCGGUGUGGAGGUGGUGGAGGAGGGC